AUGCAGCCCCAGGGUGCCUCGAGCCUCGCCGAUGCCAGCGAGAUGAUGCUGCCUCAGCUGCCGCCCAUGGAGGGCACUCUGCCCAUUGAUGACGCUGAUGCAGCCCUGGAGCAGGCCUCGAUGCCCCGGCCCAGGGCCCGUGAGCGACACUAUCGAAGCCGCAGCAGUCUCGCCAUGGAGGUGCUUUCUCGACGCAUGAGCCGCCAGACUCUGCUGCAGCAACACCAAUCCCGACUAACGUCACCGCCCAUGGGCGACAAUGCCGCGUUGGACAGCAGCCCGGACGACAUGGCCAUGGAGAUGGACCUCGAUGACGCCUCCCCCUUCAUGCCUGUGCCACCGUCAGCCCAGCGCGUCCGCCCGUCGCGGCGCUUCCUGUCACUAUCGCUUGCCCAGGUCUCCCCAAUUGCCCCAGAGACAACCAUCGACCCGGAGGUCGCCUCCAGAGUGCUGGCCCGGAUGCAGGCCGACACACAGCCUGCUAUCAGCCCGGCCCAGCCAUCGGGGCGCUCGAACUUGGUGCCAGCCAUCGAGAUCGACGCUGCCGAGCAGGCAGACGAUGGGGAGGCCGACGAGGGCUACAGCGAGGGGCCAGACGAGUAUCCCUGGCUGGGUGAGAAGCUCGCCGGCAGCCUGAGGAGCCAAGGCCUCCUCAGCUUCACCACCUCUGCCGAGGCCGCCAUGCGCUGCCCCAAACUCGUGCGCAACGUGCCUCGCAUGCGCAAGAGGUCGCACAAGAAGAAGGAGCACAGACUGCGCACGUUGAGAGAGCCCACAUGCGUCGGCGGCGAGUUGAGUCAACUGCAGACGCCCGCAGAGAAUGCCAUUGCUGCUACCGAGACAGAGGCAGCACCAUCUCUCCCUCUGCCUUGA